AUGGGCGUGCGAGGUUUGUCCACACUGGUAAACGACAACAAGGAAGUCCUUCUUCAUGAUUUUGAACUUCAUGACACUCGACUCAUCAUUCAUGGCGUAAAUUUGUACCAGUCCUUAUACAACUGCUAUCAUGUGCCAGAAGAGUAUGGUGGGAACUAUGACACUUAUGCCAACAACUGUAAAACCUUCUUUGCCAUCCCCAAUGCCUGUAAGGUGGAGCCGUAUGUUGUCCUGUGCGGCGGGCGUGAUCCAGAUAACCGAAAAUGGAACAGAGUGGUUCAACGUAAGGCGUCUAGAAGAGAGCGCACUGGUCUGAUAUGUGAGAAGGGCCCUGAAGCAACCGAGGGACAUGUCCUUCCGAUUCUAUGUGAAGAAACAUUCCGCCAUGUCCUGCGUGAGCUUCAGAUACCACACGUCACGAUUCCAUAUGAGGAAGACAGAGAAAUAGCAGUGUUGGCCAAUAAGUGGAAUUGCCCAGUUCUCAGUAAUAAUAGCGAUUUCUUUUUUUAUCAGCUAAAUAACGGAUGUAUACCUUUCCGACAUGGUAGGACAUGUUUUAUCGACAUGAAAUUGCGGCUUCAUACCCAGACGGAGCAAUCUUCCUUGCUGGCACCAGAGGCUUUACCAACCGACAGAAAAUUUACAUACAUCUCUGUAAAGCGUUACCACUACAGUCGUUUAAUUGAGAGAGUCUGUGGGCCAUUGGAGUUCCUACCAAUUUUCGCUACAUUAAGUGGUAAUGAUUAUGUAGAUAAAGGCCAUUUGAAGGCUUUCUACACAGCGAUAUGCAAGCGGUAUAAAGAUGUAUCUCUCAACCUGAAAGCCAAGGUUCGAAUGGCGUCAUUAGUCCAUUGGUCAAUGAGUGUAGAAUUGGAAGAAAACGCUAUUACAUACGUAUUGCAACAUGUAGCAGACAUAUCAUCCGGUCAGAAAUCGGAGCUGCGGGCCGCCAUCCGCUACUCUAUAGAUAGAUACACAAACAUCGCAAAUUUCGCUACCAUGGAUGUGGAAAAGUUCUUCAAUACAAACUCAAGUUGCAUAUCGAAACUCGAUCUUGGAACGCUGAUCGAUUUACGUCACUAA